CAAGGUUGCCGCGGCUGGGGAGAAUGGCUGCAGCUGCGUGUGGCUCCCCGACGAGCCGGCCGCCCCAAGAGGAGCCUCCGGAGGCAGCGCCGGCCGGGGCUCGCAAACGGGGCGGCGACGCGCGGCGGAGGCAGGCCGCCCUCUUCUUCCUCAACAACAUCUCCCUGGACGGGCGACCGCCGUCCUGCCCGGCGCCCGGGAAGCCUUCGCAGGGGCUGCCCGCUUCGCCGGCCCCAGGAGAGCCUCAGCCGCCGCCUCCGCCGCCGCCCCAGCGGCCGGAGGAAGAGGCAAGAGGGGCGGCGUCGGCCGAGCCCGCUCCCCGCCUGCUGCUGCCGGGCCCCCACGGGCCCCCGCCGGGCUUCCUGCUGCCCCCCACGGCCGAGCUGGACCCUUCCCGCGGGCUGGGCGCGGCCGCUGCCCUCCUGCCCCAACUGCUGCUGGGCAGCCCGCUCUGCCCGGUGCCCGCCGCUGCCGCCGCCGCUGUCAGCCCGGCCGCCCUAGCGGGGGUCUUGAUGGGGGCCCCCAAGACGGGCAUCGCGCCCCCCGGAUUGCUCAGCCCCACCCAGGGCGCCCCUGUUGGAGGAGGAGGAGCAGGAGGAGCAGGAGGGCUACCUUUGGAGGUGCAGAGGCAAAGAACGAAGCACGUAUCUGGAUCUCCGCGACACAAAGGCUUGAAGAAAGUACAUUUCAUCAAGAAUAUGAGGCAAUACGACACGCGGAACAGCAGGAUAGUGUUGAUUUGUGCAAAACGAACCCUUUGUGUGGCUUUUUCUAUCCUGCCUUAUGGGGAGAGUUUAAGGAUCAGCGAGCUGAGAAUAGAGGGGCAGAAACAGAGGCAUCCCUCGGGCGGAAUUUCAGCCACCGCAGAGAUGGUGUUUGGAAUGGAAGGGGUGGAACUAGGAGCUGAUGGCAAGGUGGUGUCCUAUGCAAAAUUCUUGUAUCCAACCAAUGCUCUCAUGGGCCACAAAAGUGAUGGCAUCAGUGCCGUUACCGUAUGUCGAGCAAGUGCAUCCCGAACAGCUGGAGGAUCGAGGUAUAAAACUUCAGCAGCCAAAACCAUCCCUUCGACAGCAGAUCUGGGAAAUGAAGUGGGAGAAUUGAUAGAGUACAAUCCCAAUUUGCUUGAUGAUCCGCAGUGGCCGUGUGGGAAACACAAACGUGUCCUCAUCUUUGCAUCGUACAUGACCACCGUGAUCGAAUACGUAAAACCCUCAGAUCUUAAAAAAGAUAUGAAUGAAACAUUUAAAGAAAAAUUUCCUCACAUCAAGCUCACGCUCAGCAAAAUCAGAAGUUUAAAGAGAGAAAUGCGGACCCUGAGUAUGGAGUGCAACCUGGAGCCAAUUACUGUGUCCAUGGCUUACGUCUACUUUGAGAAACUUGUCCUCCAAGGCAAGCUCAACAAACAGAACCGAAAACUGUGUGCCGGUGCUUGUGUGCUGCUCGCAGCCAAGAUUAGCAGUGAUCUCAGGAAACACGAAGUCAAACAUCUAAUUGAUAAGUUGGAAGAACGAUUCCGAUUCAACAGACGAGAUCUCAUUAGAUUUGAAUUUACUGUUCUUGUGGCUUUGGAAUUAGCUCUUUACCUUCCCGAUAACCAAGUGUUACCUCACUUCCGUCGUCUCACACAACAGUCCUAGUCAAAGCUAUAUUAUAACAAAAGCACCAAUUUUUAGGCCGAUAUGGGGACUGACGCCCAGCUUUUCCUAGUUGACAGGAUCAAACUGUUCAGAAUAUUCCUGGCAGGGGAGUUGAUGGUGGGAUUUUCAUGGAAUUACCAAAGUGGAAAAUACAAUACAGAACCCAUGUGUGAGAAGUGGCAGAAGUGGGAGAUUUUUGUUUGAGAAACUCAAGCACAAAUUAUUUGCAUCCAGUUGCCACUAAAAUUGCUGAUGAUCGUUCAUUUAACUUUUUGUUUUCUGGAAACAAUCUCUUCUUGCCUGGCAUUGCUACUUUAUCAUUUCUUUACCCUCUUUUUUUCCCCUCUUCUUCAAACUUAAAAGAGCAACACUUCCAUUCCUUAAUUAAUGCUUCAGAAAAAUAACAUUUCGAAUCAUAAUAACUUGGGGAGGGGAAGAAGAAGGACGUGCCUAAGGCUGGGCUGGUACCAGUCUCUCUUUUUCUCUUUCUUGUUUCUAACGUUACGUUACUUAGUGGCAAAUUCUGAAUUUAAGCAGCAAUUUAUCCUUUUGCCUUUAUUUUACUUGUGCUAUAAGGAAAAAAAAAAGUAUCUGCACUAUAAUUUCUGGGAAGGUUGUCUAUGUUGAUUAUUCAGUUUUGCUUUCUUUUUAAAUGAAACAUUGUUGAAAUAUUGCACUUGUUGAACAAGGAGCUAUAUAGCAAAACAGUCUUCAUUUUAACGUGUCCCUCAGAGGUUGAGUGAAACUAUUGAUUUAAUGGCAGUAAUUUUGACAUGUAGCUUCCAGAGCUAGUAUGUUUCUGUUACUGCUUUCUGUAGCCUGAAAGUAAUAACUGUUUUAUUUAUAACAAAAUGUUCAUAUAUUCUCUUUCCUGUGUGCUAUACUGACAUGUAAACGUCUCAGGCAGUACCGCUGUCGUUAACCUAAAUUAAGCCAAUGAAACUCAGCAUGUCUAACUUCUGUAAAAGUUUUUUUUCUUUUAAAAAAAGGUUCUUCCAAGCUUUGAUGUCACUGUGAUGUUCCUCACAAACCUGAUUUUUAAAUGCACAUUCAAACCGCCAAUCUUAGAAAGGCCAAUGUCUAGCAGCGUGCCGGGUAGAUGCAGUUUUUAUACACUUGGACAAUACAUUGAUUUAAACAUUCAGAUGCUAAAAUAUGAACUUUCUUGAGACUACCAGAGGAGUCAGUGGCUGUCAGGUUUUUUUUUCCUAAGCAAUAUUGUGAUAUAAAUCAAAGUGUUUGUGUAUAUGUGUGAUAUUUGCUGGUGAACAAAAUUACUACUUGGAUAUUGUAAUUAAUGUCCACAUUCUUACUUUUUAGUGUAACUUUGGCCAGUUUUAGUGAGAGAGAGAGAGAAAGGAGAGAGAUCUUGCAAAAUAAGAGGGAAGAUAAAAGUACAUCAGUAUGGAACGGACCACUGCAGGUGUAAAAACACAUUUUUGAGCACAGGUACACUGCUACCAUCAUGACAAUGUACAGUAAACAAAGCACACUGGGGAGAAGCUUAGAGAACAAAUUCUCUGAUAAACUGUUUUAUGAUAGCAAUUGCUGUUUAACAAAAGCAUUUAAAAUAUAGGCACACACCUGGUUGAAACUUAAAUGGUACAGUCAACAAUUCUGGGCUGUAGAAACUGGGCCUCUUAAGUAAAAUAGGGGUCUUUUAGUACCUAGAUUGCCACAAAUUUUAACUUGGAAAUACAUAUGCUUUGGGAUGGAAAGUUGCAAAGGGAAUCCAAAGAAACAUCUGGAAUGACAGGAAAGAAAAAUAGUAGAACCCAAGAACGCAUUAUUUAGCAUGAAGAGUUUUGACUUUAUCCCUGACUUUUCUUGCAUUUAUGCAUGAAUGAAAACUAGUUGGAAAAUAUUUUUAACCUAAAGUCAGCUUGUUAUUGAAAUUUGAGCCAACACAGUUGAGAAUGGCUUUCUAAUCAUGGCUUGGAAAUUAAUGCACCUCAUUGUAUUAAUAAUACCUGUCAAGUCCUAAUUGUAUCCUUUUUUGAUAUAAUGUAUAAUAUCUUAAUUAUUGAUCACAAUUUAAAAUGUGGUAUGUUGCAUUUCUUUAUGGAAUAUCACACUGUAGAAUGCCAUCUGUUUUUCCCAAGAAACUUUAGAAAUAAUUGGGUGGGGCAUUAAAUCACCUGAACAGAAAGCAACAGAUUUCCCCCUAGACACACACAAUUUUUCAAUUUUGUUAAACAGUACUAACUUAAACACAGCUGACCUGACUAGCUAUACUCUGUUCUAUAAUAUUUGCCAACUUAGUUUCCCAAGUAAGGCAGGUAUAAGAGCCGUGGUGGCGUAGUAUUAGUAGAAUGCAGUAUUGCAAGCUAACUCUGCCAAAUGCCAGCAGUUCAAUCCUGACAGGCUCAAGGUUGACUCAGCCUUCCAUCCUUCCAAGGUCGGUAAAAUGAGGACCCAGAUUGUUGGGGGCAAUAGGCUGACUCUGUAAACCGCUUAGGGCUGUAAAGCACUAUGAAGUGGUAUAUAAGUCUUAAGUGUUAUUGCUGUUAUCUUUUUUCAAGCAAAUAUGCUUGUCAAAAGGCUGCUUGAAAAGGCUGUCCUAAUUAAAAUCUGAAAUUUAAUUUUGUCCUUGGAAACAUGUAGAGUUUAGUUACCGUAGUAUGCAGGCACUGGGACAGGUAAGUUCUACUAUUCGGAGGCAACAAAGUUGGAGAAGGCUGUUCUUAAAAGUACAAAACACCUUAAGUGUUAAAUAUAUAUGGUAAUGGUACGAGUUCACCUCUUCAGAUAAUAAAGUAGGUUUGUAAUGACUAACGGUACAAUUUUAUAAAAGAAAAAUCUAUUUUAGAACCAAGGACCCAUCUAUAAAUCAGGAAUUCUGAUUUUCUCCUCUUCCCUUAUAUGUACUUGCAAAUUUGCAGUCUAUAUUGACAAAGACUUGUUCUGGUCUUUUAUUAUACAUGGAAAUAUAUUUUGGAUGGAAGAGACUGAAAAUCUUGCCUAAUAUUCGACACAAUUUUGCUUCAGGAUUCAAAAGAGGAAUUGAGUAUCAUUUUUAACUGCAUUUUGGCUUUGUACACUGAGUUACAUAGUUCAACUACUGAAUACUGUAGUGAAUAUGGAGAAUGUAAUGUGUUUGUAAUUACAUACCUUAAUUUGGGGGAUUGGUUCUCAUUCGUCUAAGACCUACUGUAUUCCUUGUUCAUGCAAUAUCUGCCACUGCGUGGUAACUAUUAUUAUUACAACCAAACUUAGAUCCAGUAUAAAUUCUCAGUUUAUUAUCUUUGGAGU